AUGUGCUUCGCCGCCUCGUCGAGAUGCUUUGCACAGCCAGUACCUCAGGACCUCGGAACGCCGUGGCGGCCUGUGGUGGUGCUGUCUGAGGUUGGGGACGCCGGGCCCAAGGUGGUGAAACAGAAAGAGGGCGCAGACAACGCUGCAGAUCGGCUCCUCUGGCAGUCACAAGCGCGCGGAGUCUACAAGACCGACUUCGAGAGCAAGCUUCUGACGACCAGCGCAGAGUACUAUCGCUCCAAAGUGGCCGGCUGGAUUGCAGCGUGCGCGAGAUUCUCCCAAAGCGGGAAGCCUCAAUAG